GUUCAACCAAGCACCUCCCUUCGUCAACGUCCUCUCAUCUCAAUUCCUCAUCGCCAAUAUGUCGCAAAAAGUGUUCUGGCUGAGAUGUGAAAAGAAGGAGUUCGAGCGCAGAGCAGCGCUAACUCCAACAACGUCCAAGAAGCUCAUCGAGUCUGGCUUCGAGAUUCUCGUUGAGCGCGAUGAGCAGCGAAUCUUUGAUGAUUCGGAAUACGAGGCUGUAGGAUGCAAGCUAGUCGAUAAUAAUUCAUGGCCCAGCGCGCCUGUGGGCGUGCCUAUCAUUGGCCUGAAGGAGCUCCCACUCUCCGAUGCCCCAUUGCCUCACUCCCACAUCCAGUUUGCGCAUUGCUACAAACAACAGGCAGGCUGGUCUUCUGUGCUUGCGCGCUUUCACCGUGGCGGCGGCACCCUGUACGAUAUCGAGUUCCUCAAUGACGCGAAUGGCAGGCGCGUGGCUGCGUUUGGAUUUCACGCUGGAUUCGCGGGUGCGGCUGCAGGGGCGUUGGCGUUGGCAUCUCAGAAGAAGAACGAAAAAUUAGGGCUCCUUGAGCCGUACGCGAACGAGCACGCGAUGGUGGAGGAUGUCAAGCGGAAGCUGGGGGGAAGUGCUAAGGGUGUCAAGGCGCUGGUGAUAGGUGCUUUGGGUCGUUGCGGCCGUGGCGCUGUCGAUCUGUUCCGAAAGAUUGGGCUGGACGAGGAUGAUAUCGUCAAGUGGGACAUGGACGAAACUGCGAAGGGCGGUCCGUUCCAAGAGAUCCUCGAUGUUGACAUCUUCGUCAACUGCAUUUACCUCACCUCGCGCAUCCCCUCGUUCCUUACCGAGGAGACGAUCGCUGCCGCAGGCAAAUCGCGCCGUUUGGGCGUGGUCGUUGACGUGAGCUGUGACACGACCAACCCCAACAACCCCAUUCCUGUGUACUCUGUGAACACCACGUUCUCAGACCCGACUGUUCCCGUCAAUGUUGGUGUGGGUAAUCCUCCGUUGUCAGUCAUCUCCAUCGAUCACCUCCCCACACUGCUUCCUCGGGAGGCAUCCGAGCAGUUUAGCUCGGAUCUCCUUCCAUCUCUCCUGACCUUCCCUGAGAGGAAGACCGCUCGUGUCUGGACGGAUGCCGAAAGGCUAUUCCGGGAGAAACUAUCAGAGGCUGCAAAGGUGGAAGGCCUGUAGAGGUCUUUCACGCGGUCGUAAUGUAAAGUCUGUGCGAUUGUGCGGUGUACUCAAAAUGUAGAAGGAUCAUUAGAAGAUAAUUUAGGCGUUCGAGUCUUCUC